CCGUGUCGUUUGACGGCAGGAGGGAAGUCGCGGUAGAGGAAGAAGUAGGGGCGGCUGCAGAGGCGGCCGUCGCGUUGGGCGUCGCGAUCCCGGUGCGGCAGUGAGGCGGGGGCGGCCGGGCCGGUGGGCUGGGCGGCAGGCCCCGCGGCCGCCCCCGAGCCGUCGCCCGCGCCCGGCGGCCCGAUGUGGCUGCAGCAGCGGCUGAAGGGGCUGCCGGGGCUGCUGUCGAGCAGCUGGGCCCGCCGCCUGCUUGUUCUGCUCGGCCUCUUGCUGCUGCUGCUGUGGUUCGCGGGCUCCGGGGCGCGGAGGGCGGCGGGCGGCCUGCACCUGCCGUCCUGGGCCCGCGGUGAGCCGGGCGCCGCCGAGCCCUCCGCCUGCCUGGAGGCGGCCACGCGCACCUGGCGCGGCCUUCGGGAGCGCGGCCAGGCCGUGUCGCUGGGCCCCGGAGUGCCAGCCCUGGUGGGCAACGGCUUUCUGGCGCUGGACGUGGCCGCCAACCGGCUGUGGGUGACUCCUGGGGAGCGAGAGCCCGCCGUGGCGCCGGAUUUCGCGCCCUGGGUGCAGUUGCGCCCACUGAACGCGCUGGCCGAGGCGAGCGAGACGGUGCUGCUUUUGCGGGAGGGGCUGCUUCGCCGGGUGCGCUGCCUACAGCUCGGCGCUCCGGGCUCUGGCCCUGCUGCCGCCGGCGCAGGUCCUGCCUCGGCCUCUGGCCUCGCCGGCGGCGCGGGCCGCGACUGCCUAUUGCUGCAGGAGGACUUUCUGGCACACCGGGGCCGACCCCACGUCUAUCUGCAGCGCAUCCAGCUCAACAAUCCCACGGAGCGUGUGGCCGCACUGCAGACUGUGGCUCCCACUACCGGCCCGCUCCCCAAGGCCUUCACCAGUACCCUGGAGAAGGUUGGAGACCAUCAGUUCCUCCUCUACUCGGGUCGGUCCACCGCCUUGCCCACGGGCCAGGUGCACCUGGUCGUGGUGGCCGCGAAGAAGCUUGUGAAUCGGCUCCAGGUGGCUCCCAAGUCGCAGCUGGACGAGACAGUGCUGUGGGUGGUGCACGUCUCCGACCCCGUUACUCCCCAGGUGCUCAAAAGCAGAGCUGCCAAGGAGCUCAAGGCGCUCCAGGACUUGGCCCGGAAGGAAAUGCUAGAGCUCUUGGAGAUGCCGGCGGCUGAGUUGCUUCAGGACCACCAGCACCUCUGGGCUCAGCUCUUCAGCCCAGGGGUGGAAAUGAAGAGGAUCACCGACGCCCACACGCCGUCUGGCCUGACUGUGAACCUGACGCUGUACUACAUGCUGUCCUGCUCGCCAGCCCCGCUGCUCAGCCCCUCCCUGGGCCGCCGGGAGCGAGAGCAGAUGGAGGCCACGCUGAGCUACGAAGACCACUGCUUCAGCGGCCACGCCACCAUGCACGCCGAGAACCUGUGGCCCAGCCGGCUGGGCUCGGCGCAGCAGAUCCUGCAGCUCUCCGACCUGUGGAGGCUGACACUCCAGAAGCGCGGCUGCAAGGGCCUGGUGAAGGCGGGCGCGCCGGGCAUCCUGCAGGGCAUGGUGCUCAGCUUCGGGGGGCUGCAGUUCACCGAGAACCACCUGCAGUUCCAGGCCGACCCUGACGUGCUGCACAACAGCUACGCGCUCCACGGCAUCCGCUACAAGAAUGACCACAUUGACCUGGCCGUGCUGGCGGACGCCGAAGGCAAGCCCUACCUGCAUGUGUCCGUGGAGGCCCGUGGGCAGCCCGGCAAGAUCUACGCCUGCGAGGCUGGCUGCCUGCAGGAGCCGGUGGAGCUGACCUCGGCACCGGGCGGCCACACCUUCUCAGUCAUGGUGACACAGCCCAUCACCCCGCUGCUGUACAUCUCCACCGACCUCACGCACCUGCAGGACCUGCGGCACACGCUGCACCUCAAGGCCAUCCUGGCCCACGACGAGCACAUGGCCCAACAGGACCCUGGGCUGCCCUUCGUCUUCUGGUUCAGUGUGGCCUCCCUCAUCACCCUCUUCCACCUCUUCCUCUUCAAGCUCAUCUACAACGAGUACUGCGGGCCCGGAGCCAAGCCCCUCUUCAGGAGCAAGGAAGAUCCCAGUGUCUGAGGGACGCAAGCGCCACUCAGCCACCAUUUGCACAGACAGCACGGGGCGCCCAGCCGCCGCGGGGUCCCCGGAGCACCCACCCUUUGUGCCUUGUCCGGGACAGCGAUGCCGAAGCCCUGGUGGACGUGAGUUGGCAUCGGAAGGACGAGGGCCACGCGGGGAGGAAGGGACCCCGAAGAGGAACCCACCCGUGGGGAAAUACUUGAAGUGCGCCCCUCCUUCGCUCGCCCCGUCCCAGGGAGCACCCCUGGAAAAGCCUCGUGUCAGAAAACCUCGCUCUCCUCCUCACUUAAUGAGUCCCUUCUCGAAUGGGUUUCUAAUUUAUUUUUGUCGGGGUCUCGCUGGGUAAUGAGUGCUGGCAGCAACGCCGGCCCCAGGGCCUUGGCCUGCUCUGGGGCACAGUGUGGCCCUGCCGUCACCUGGGGCUGUCAGCCGGGCUUGCACGGGAGUCCUCUCAUGAGCCUGCGGGCUCCUGUGGUUUUGUACUUUUGGCCUCGGGGGUGUUUAACUUUCUAGUGAUUGGUGAUUGUUGGGUUUUGAAAUACCAAAGCUUUUUUGUUCUGUUUUUAAAUAAACUUCUUUCAGAUUUCCCUGA